UGAUCUGACUUCUAAUCUGUUAAGAUAAUUGUAGCACAGUUGGUGGGAGAUUAAUCAUUGCCCAAAAGAAGCCGAUGAAAAUUGGUUAUUUUUGAGAAAUGGUUGGUUUGUGAUGACAUCAUGCAGCUAAUAUUUGUGGGCGGGCUCUGAGCUGUGAGGGGAGAGGGGCGCAACCGGAGAGCAACUACGGCCAGGCGCCAUUAGGUAACACUGUAACGUGCGUGAAUUUGAUUUCUUAAAGAGGCUUCGCGACGGGUAAAAGCUAAAUGGGUAGACACGACAACGUAUAUGUUGUCCUUAAAGUGGAAAAUGGACUACUUUCGUCGAGCGAUAAAAAAAAAAAAAGUGACUUCCUUUCAUCAAACGAAAUUGGUCAUCGUUGUCGACUGGGAACAAGAUGGCGUCAAGGAUUCUCUUCUUAUAGUGCACGGGUCGAGCACUAUGGGCGGGCCCGUGCGCGUUCUCGCCACAGUGUUAUUUCCUGUCCUCAUGUCCUGAGACGUUGACAUUCUUAUUUAAUACACAACCACAGCAGCAAACCAAGCGGUGACCCGUGUGCAUAUGGUUUUACAGUUGUUUGUGGUAGUCGAUGCUGUACUGUUCGACAAAACCACAUGGUGUCAUGGAAAUGUGACGUGAACCGUCGAAAGAAAACCCUUAACCAUUUCUACGAUUUUAGUGACAUGGGUGUAUGCCAUUUACAUAAGCACUCCAUUUUUCUCUGCCACUUUUUACACCGAUAUUAAACAGCUUAACUCUUAACGAGGACAAACUUUCAUGUAUAACACAAAGACUGUACAUUAUCCGGGCGCGUUCACCCAUACCAGCUUUGUUUAGCUUUUGACCCCAUCUAGUGGGCCAAGCAGGUAAAACUGAAAAAUACAUGUUUUCCCCCCUUUAAUUUAUUUCUGUUCGUCAUGUGGAAAUUAUAACAUUGGUUGAGCUAUUUAUGAUCUGUAAUAUUUGUAUUUAAUUAUUUUGUGUCCCCGAACGUCAGUGUUAUGUUCCCCUGGCACAUGUUUAAUAACUAUGUUAUGCAAAUAGAGGCCCAAAUGACCUAAUGGUAUAUUAGUACAUAGGUUAACAAGUCAGUGUUUUAAGCCAAGAAUAGAAAGGACAAGGUUUCUCUUGUAGUGAUGAUGAGGCACCGUUUGUGUCUAAACGAAAUACAAUAUACAGUAACUAUCAGCCGACUUAGUCAAUGCAUGUCAUGUUUAAUUUUUAAAAUUUGCAGGAAAAGCUAUACAGCAAAAAUAAUCAAAGAAUUGACAGCAGAACUCAAAGGGAAAGUCUGGUCCCCAGCAAAACAGGAGGGGGCGCUGUGUUGUAAAAAUGUAUUUUUCAUUCAGCCAAUUAGCACAGAGAGACAACGGAGGUCGUCACUCUCUGCCCAAUCACAGCUGUCGUUGUUGGGAGGUCGCGUAUUGACAAGGGGAGAAGGUGACUCUUCGACGAGCAGGGUAGUAGCUCAUAUAAAACUUAACAUAUAACCCAAAAGAAGACUGUUGUUUGCUAAGUAAGCAACCAUGUCUUCUUUUGGAAGGGCACUGGGAGUUCUUCGGUCGGGAAGUCGGCUCCUUAGACGCGGCCCACAAAGGAUAACGACCAGAAAGGCUGGCGGUGGACCGCACAUUGAGCCACAGUACAGGCAAUAUCCCCAGAUAACGAAGAAACAGAAGUUUGAGUCAGAGCUCAUUAGCGGUGCCAUGUGGUUUUGGAUCCUUUGGCACUGUUGGCACGAUCCUGAUGCUGUCCUGGGUCACUUCCCCUGGCCUGAUGCUUCCGAAUGGACAGAUGAGGAGCUUGGAAUCCCAGCAGAUGACGAGGAAUAAGAUCAUCAUGAGGGAUUCAAGUUACUGGCCAAGUCUUUGUGGAAAUCUUCAGGAUAUUCUGAAAGUCGUCGUUGUACAUAGACUAAUAAAAUUAUCUUUAAAUAUGUUAAA